AUGCGGAGCUGUAACCUUAGAGGCUCACCCACUAAGGCACGGCGAGGCACUCAGAGUCCUGUUGUGGUCGUGUUUGGCGGCAGAGGAGCUGGCACAGCACUCUCUCAGGGAGGCCAAGGCAUGACAUGGUGCUGUAGCUCUGUCAGCGAGCCGGGUGUGUGCCCUUCAUCAUUACGCUCUGUGCUCUUCAUCAGCUCGCUCUGUUUGCUCUCACUCACUGCUCUCUGAUAUUUUCUUCAAAUCAGCAUCCAGAGCUGAGGAGCAGAGUCGGA